UCUUUUACGAAAAAUCGAGAUCAGAGAAAAAUUCAAAAUGGCGUCAAGCGAUAGUGGUGGUGACGAAGCUCUUUACCCAAUUGCCGUGUUAAUCGACGAAUUAAGAAAUGAUGACGUCCAGCUGAGAUUGAAUAGCAUAAAGAAGCUAUCGACUAUUGCUCUAGCUCUAGGUGUUGAGCGCACUAGGAAGGAACUGUUACCAUUUUUAACAGACACUAUAUAUGAUGAGGAUGAAGUUCUAUUGGCUUUAGCUGAACAGUUAGGAUCCUUUAUUCCCUUAGUUGGAGGGCCUCAAUUCGCUUAUACUUUGUUGCCCCCACUAGAAAGUUUGGCUACAGUUGAAGAAACUGUCGUAAGAGAGAAAGCAGUUGAAUCACUAAGGAACAUCGCACCGGAUCAUUCACCAACUGAUUUGGAUAAUCAUUUUGUUCCAUUAUUGAAACGUUUAGCUUCCGGCGACUGGUUUACAUCUAGGACUAGUGCAUGCGGUUUAUUCAGUGUAGCUUACCCGCGAGUCUCGCCCAAUAUCAAGGCUGAACUUAGACAGAGCUUUAAGAGUUUGUGUGGUGAUGAUACUCCUAUGGUAAGAAGAGCUGCAGCUGCAAAAUUAGGGGAAUUUGCGGCUGUUUUGGAACCAGAGCACGUCAAGCACGACCUCAUUCCAUUGUUUACGACCUUAGCUCAGGAUGAACAAGAUUCUGUUCGAUUACUGGCUGUGCAAUCAUGCUCAUCUAUCGCUCAGCUUUUAAGUCAUAGUGAUAUCGAACACUUGAUUAUGGGAACUCUGAGAGAAGCAUCCAGCGAUAAAUCCUGGCGUGUUCGGUAUAUGUUGGCCGACAAAUUCACAGAACUACAAAAAGCAAUUGGCCCAAAUCUUACAAAACAAGAUUUAGUACCAGCGUAUCAGGCUCUGUUGAAAGAUUCCGAGGGUGAAGUAAGAUCUGCAGCAUGCCACAAACUCAAAGAAUUCGCUCAAGCGCUACCAGUGGAUUCUAGAGAACAAAUAAUUAUGACCUCAAUCAUGCCUUGUGUUAAGGAGCUUGUUAACGAUGCUAAUCAACAUGUAAAAUCAGCCUUAGCAAGCGUGAUCAUGGGCCUUAGUCCUAUUUUGGGCAAAGACAACACGAUCGAGCAGUUGUUGCCCCUAUUUCUUCAACAGCUAAAAGAUGAAUGUGCUGAAGUUAGAUUGAAUAUUAUCUCGAAUUUGGACGCAGUAAAUGAGGUUAUUGGUAUCAAACAGUUAUCUCAGAGUUUACUGCCAGCGAUAGUUGAGUUAGCCGAAGAUCAAAAAUGGCGAGUUCGUCUAGCAAUUAUCGAAUAUAUGCCUCUUUUAGCAGGACAAUUGGGUGUUGAAUUUUUUGAUGAAAAAUUAAAUUCGUUGUGUUUAACAUGGUUGAUUGAUCACGUGUUUGCUAUAAGAGAAGCAGCAACUACCAAUGUUAAACGUUUAGUUGAAAAGUUCGGUCCUGAAUGGGGUUUAACUCAUGUUCUACCUAAAGUAUUGAACUUAGCAAGAAAUCAGAAUUACUUACAUCGAAUAACCUGUCUUAACUGUAUAACUUUACUGACUAAGCCAGUUGGUCACGAUAUUUGCGUUCGCCAACUGGUUCCAGCUGUAAUUCAAUUAGCUAAUGAUCCUGUGGCCAAUGUCCGCUUCAAUGUGGCUAAAGCACUGCAAAAGAUGGUGGCAAAUUUAGAAGCCAAUGUUGUAAACACGCAAAUAAAACCGUGUCUAGAACGAAUGAAAAAUGACCAAGAUUACGACGUACAGUUUUAUGCGCUGGAGGCCCUAGAUGGUAAGUAG